GUUGUUUUUUUUGUCGUCUGUCCCUUGGCUUCUUCAACAUCGCUUUCUUCGAAAAAAUGUUUUACGUGGGGUUAUUAGAGCAUGACGACUAACCAACUAGCCCGAACUUCCGGUCUAGUGCCCGUCAUGACCAUUUCCUAAUGUCCCACGGUCUUCGCUAUGUUUGCCAUCCAUGCACUUGUACCUGUUCUUAAGAACCAUUUAAGCUUGCGAAUCGAUCGCGUGAAUACAGGCGCCGUUUUGUUUGAAACGCGGUGUGCAAAGAAGAAAGAAAUCAUACUUUGGCCAUUCCUCCGCCUCUGAACUCAUUUGAUGCGAAAGCAGCAUUCUGCCAUAGCGAAGACCGCCGUCUCGUUUUUUUUUUUUUUCUUCUCUUUCUUGUUUACUUGGUCGUUUCUCAGAUUCUCGCGCCUUUCCACCAUACGGGUCACCAAGAGGCGAGUCGUGGUCGGUGCCAAACGAUCUGUGCUUUUUGCUCUGACAUUUCGUCCGAACUGUGGCGUGCGCAAAAUGCCAUUCCCUGACCACGUGACGUGGCGUCGCUCGCAGGGGCGGCGUGCGUCUGCUUGUCUCCGGCGGCGGCGUGAGCGGAGGCGCGGCGCCGAAGCCGCCAUGCCCGUGAUCAGCCCGGGCCCGGACGAGGCGGCGGCGCAGGCCCUGGCGCCACCCAAGCUGUGCGCGGGCUGCGGCGCACCCAUCGCCGACCGCUUCUACCUGCUGGCCGUCGAGAGACAGUGGCACACGCACUGCCUGCGCUGCUGCCACUGCAAGCAACAGCUGGACUCCGAGCUCACCUGCUUCGCGAGGGACGGGAACAUCUACUGCAAGGAGGACUACUACAGGCUGUUCGCCGUGAAGCGCUGCGCGCGCUGCCAGCAGGGCAUCUUCGCAUCGGAGCUAGUGAUGCGCGCCCGGGACCUGGUGUACCACCUCCACUGCUUCACGUGCGCCUGGUGCAAUGCGGCGCUGGCCCAGGGCGACCACUUUGGCCUGCGCGACAACCUCGUCUACUGCCGCACCCACUUUGAGCUGCUGGCCGAAGGGUGCCAGCCGGGGCUUCCUCCUCCUCCGCCCCCGCCGCUGCUUCAGGACGACGACGGAGGCGGCAACGGGGGCACCGCCGGGUCCUGCAGCCCGCCGCUGGCGCCGGGAGCCCCGUACGCGCCUCCGCAGGGACCGUACGGCGUACGCAAGGGCCGGCCGCGCAAGCGCAAGCCCGGAGAACUGCCCGAGGGCCCGCCACACCUAGGGCUCCAAGACCUGGCCGGCCUGGACAGCAACGGCUCGUCCAUGCUGCAGCAGCAACAGCAGCAGCAACAGCGCACCAAACGAAUGCGUACUUCGUUCAAGCAUCACCAGCUGAGGACCAUGAAGUCGUAUUUCGCCAUCAAUCAGAAUCCCGAUGCCAAGGACCUCAAGCAGCUUGCCCAGAAGACGGGGCUCUCCAAGAGAGUUCUCCAGGUGUGGUUCCAGAACGCCCGGGCAAAGUGGCGGCGAAACAAUCUACGUCAGCAGGAGCAGCCCACAACUUCCCUUCCGGCAAGCAGUCCAGGAGGCACGAGCUCAUUUUCGGAACCCAGUCCCGGAGCUCCCCUGGACUACAGCAACGCUCAAACGACCCUCGUGGUGACAGCGUCGCAGGAGUCACUCGGAUCCUUCCAGGAGCUCUUUUGAUGGCACCGGGGCUAAAGUACCUAUUUAUUGACUGCAUCUGUCCUCAUCACGACAUCGUCACCUCGACCCACGCGCCGGCAGCAACAGCAGCGAAGAGACGCGCCCCUCCCUUAGCACCUCUGCAAAGUACUGUUCCAAAGGUCACACCGACGGACCUUGCGCGCCUCGACUGCGGCGUUCUCUGCCACACCUGGCAACCUCCUGUGGGACGCUCCCUUUUAUGUGUGUGCUCUUGGCCAAAUGCAUUUACUGCACUCUACGUCACGGGAACUGAUUCCUCGGACUGAGGCGGUUGUUCUCAAAGGACAGCAAAUUAUAUGUGCAGAAAACUAUGUGUGACUGAAGCUUUGACGUGGAAGAGAGAGAGAAAGAAAAAAGAAAGAGAUAUUUAGAAAUCCCAUUACACGUAGUGUAUGUGCUCUGAGAAAGUCGGUAGGCUUUCCUUCGCCGAGAUUUCGCUGUGAAGUGUACAAGUAUACCCGUGGUUUUUCUUUUUGUUUCAUAAAAAAAAAAAAGAGUUGUACAUAUUUAUAACUAACAUGGCAGGACUCUGCCCUGUGAAAAGGUCGAUUUUAUUUUGAAAGAACGCCGGUCUUCAAAUUUGUGUAUGCUUGCGGCUUGAGAAGCGUCCCACGCAUUAUGCGAUAGUGAGACAUUAGACAUAUGUCCAAGCAUUUCUAAUAGUUGUUUAUAGAGGUGCGAUAAUUUUUGUAAAAUUUCGAUAUGUCAUAUGUCGAUAUAUCCUUAAUAUAGGGUAUACGUUCAUUUAAUAUCCAUUUAUCUUAAGGCAGUCAUUCGAUUGCUGGUAAGCCUCACGCAUCCUGCCAUAUCUUGCUCUGUUUUGCGCUGAAACAUUGCGAUUCUGACGCUGAAAGUUCCGUUCACCUUUUUUACAUGUGCUUUCCAAUUCAAAUUCAUUUACUAUAGUAUAAGAUCGGCAUACAACAAACGCGUUAGUGGGCAUAUUUACAAAUUUGAGUGCGCAGUACAGACCAUCUGCUAGUUUUCUCUGUGGCCCAGCAUGUAGUACGCACCACCUUGUGUUUGGGCAAUUAAUUUAAAACUUUAUGCCGUUAUUGAGUGCAACUCUUGAGAUUCUGAGAGCGCAUGGCAAGUUCUUCGUACGGCGCCAGUCCAAUAGCGAGAAAAACGCAAUGUUAGCAAAACAUUGACUGCUCUCUCUCUUUCUCUUUUUCUAAAAAAAAAAAAAAAAAAAAAACCCGGACGACUGCUAUAUGUAGAAACCACCGGGUGCCCCGGUAAGAUCUGCAAGGACAGGGUCACAUGCUGACGGUAUUAAGGUAUUAUAGACGUUCCGAAUAACUAUCGGGACUGAUGCACGCUAGCAGGGCGAACCUCGCUGAAAGGAGCCGCCAAGUGAUGCACAGACGUACAUUCCCUUGCCAUUUACACAGUCAUAUACAAAUGGACUACCGUGUUACUGACACCACAAUGAGUUACAGUGCGCCAUGCGCCAGGUAUUCUCAGAAAGAACCCGUGAAUACAGCUCAGAAGAAUAGCGAAACCACAUAUCCACAGCAAUGCUCUGUAGAAUUCACGGCAUUAUAUACAAUCACAGCUAAAAUGUUUUUCAUCCUAACGCAUCUGGCCCUUUGAAUACAAAACAUUGGUGAAAAUCGCUACGGUGUUAGUUUGUACGCUUGCUGCAGUGAGAACGAAUGCCCAAAGGGAGAAGACGACCUUGUUUUCGCUGCACGUAUAGGAAGAGCUGUUAACGUCCAAACUUGCACAUUUUUCAUCAUCAGAGCUUUUCUUUUCUUCUUUUUUUAUUAUUCGACUGGCACCUUUAUAGCAACCAUAACGAUGAAAUCUGAGGUUUAGUAGAUGAGAAUGUGAGAUUCAGACCUCUAGACCAAAGAGGCGGGCGGUACAUUGCUUUUGCAUCCCCUUCAUUUCACUGUAAAUAGCUCCACCGCCCUUCAGUGUUGUCGUGUUCUGUUUGGUGUACCGCGCAUCUAGACAACUGUCCGUGUCCGAUGUCACCUUUGUACCGAGGGCUUUUCAGCGAAUACUUGAGGUGGUUCAUCAGAUGAAAAAAAAAAAAAAAAGAUUUGGCAAACUGUCGCUUCUGAGCACUUUACUACCACUGGGGGUCAUAAGGAACGUUGUCUCUCGACAUUCUGCUACGACCUCAAGAGUUUCAAUCACUGCACAGGAUGAAAUUUUCCGCUGAGCGACGGUAUCGGAGCACGCGUGGUAUGCGGGCUGCGCUCGCACACCUGCGAGUGCCGACGAGCACAAAGCCAACUGAUUUGUUCUCAGCCAGCUCUGCACUGGCUCUGCCUAUCAGAGUGAAAGACAGAGGCAGCCGCAUACCUAAGAGAGAACAUUGGACAUGCAUAUUUUCCGUUUCAACGCCACAGCAGCACGCGAAAUUACGUUUAUUCAUUCACAGCCUUGCUAUCGCUUUAUUUUUAUUGGCUCGAGUUUAUUGGCUCCAGGAGCACAUACGAUGACUGCUUCAUCCAAAGAACAGUGAAUGCUCGAAACUAGGGUACGUCGGGCAACCAAAAACGUCGCGUAAAAGUGCUGUUUACCACAAUUUUGUACGACCAUCAUAUUUUUGGGCAUUUUUUGACAACCAACUGAACGAUUCGGUAAAACGCCGUCCCUACGACGUGUAUAUUGUGCUUAUGUAUUGCUCGUCAGCGAACUUGUUGCACGCAAGCUAUUACGAUUAUACUGCCCUGAUGUGCUCACGUGAAACGGUCCUUUAACAAUGGCACUCACUAUUGCAAACUCCUUCAAACGACUCCUGCGUUUGGUACUACAACAUUAAACUUAUACUUGCAAGUCCUUUGUUCAGGAUCGGCUCGUAGAACAUCUCGUUGUCCUUGAAUGCGAACGCGUAGAACGUUCGCAUUGCUGUAUUUAUGUCUAAACUCGUAAAUGGUUGUCGGAAAUAAACGAUACUUUAGUGAGCAGCACUUUUGAUAAGCGAAGCAUGAAGAAAGUAUCCGUGCAUAAGGCGUCAGGAGCCGAAUUCACAAAGAUCUCUUACGGUAGAACCGUUCGUAACAGUAAAUUCUAGCUAAUCCUGAUGCUCGACCUAUUAAUCACGAAGGCAGCCUGUCGAUGGCGAAGAAAACUUACGAAAGAAAAGGUUUGUGAAAGCUACCCCAGAUGAACUUGAGGUUCGAGCACCGCGCGCUUAAAGGUGCGUCUCCUUCAAGCGCAUCCACGAAUCGCAACGUUAGUACCAAACCUCCGAUAUUUGUCCAGCGCAUGACUUCAGCGAAAUGUGCUCGUAAGGCUGCCACAGAUGGCAAAUGUGCGCGUCGAUUGCAGUGUUGCCGAACGCUUAUGAAAUUACCUUCAUUUUCCUAUUUCACUUGCCGUGCACAAAUCUGCUGACGAGCCGCUACAGCCACAUGUAUGACCUGACUGGCCACUUGUGGUCUUUCUGCUGUCCUCUGUGUUUGCUAAUCCUGUCUGUGUGCCCGACAUCGUAUCUGGUGUGUCUGUUCGUGCUUGGAUGCCUGUUUGCGAGUAUGCGCGAUAAGGAACCGUGCGGAGUCAUGUCAAAGCAAAGAAGCGACUCCGUCCUUAGAACCGUAUGCGUGUUCCUGAAAGUAAAACAUUGUCUUCGCGAUCUCUAUCUGAAACUGUUGCAAAGGUUGGUUUCCAGUGACACAUUCGCCACCAUUGUCAGUGUACAUAUCGUCAUCAUUCAACCGUUGCCUGCCAUCAAGACUGUCGAAAGUGACGGAAAAAUAAACCGCCAGGCUGGCUCAACUCACA